AUGAACAAUGAGAAUCGUGCUGAAGCAGAGGGAAGAGCUGAAAUCUCCUCCAUGAACAAGCUUCUCUCCACAUUUAAUGCAACUUAUGAUCUGAGGGGAAAUCCCAAGAAAAGCAAGAGAUUUUCUGAUGAAUCAGGCAAUGGCAACACUUUGCUAAGAGAGAUGAUGAUUUGCAAAGAAUGUGGUAAGGGUUUCCAGUCACGGAAAGCACUCUGUGGUCAUAUGGCUUGUCACUCUGAGAAAGAAAGGGUCUUCCAGAGAUUUGAGGAUCAUUGUGAUGAUCAAUCAGACACUGAAACAUCAACAAGAAUGAUGAGGAGAUCCAAAAGAACAAGGUGCAAAAAUCCCAUCAGUUCAAUUUCUAUGCCAAUUGGUUCAUCAUCUGUGACAGGGAUUGAGGAUCAGCAUGAACAAGAAGAGGCUGCUGCUAAAUCAUCUGUUGAGAAACAAAGGGAAACCAAGCUAAAAUCUGCCGAGUCUGGACCCAAGAAAGUGAAGUCAAGAGCUGGCGCUGAGGAUGUGAGUAAAUCAAAGUUAGGGUCAAAGAGGAAGAAAGGGCAUGAGUGCCCUUUUUGUUUCAGGAUUUUCAAGUCGGGCCAGGCUUUGGGAGGUCACAAAAGGUCACAUUUUGUUGGAGAUCCAGAGGACACAACAUUGCUCAUCAAACAAGACUCACCGGAGAUGCCAUUGCCACCUCUAAUUGACCUUAACCUCCCAGCUCCCGGUGAAGAAGAUGCAAUUUACAGUGUAUAA